GAUGUCUCUGCUCUUCUCCGCGCAAUAACAGGCAGUUGGCUAUCAGCUGUCGAGUCGAACCCAGAGAGUGAGUCGUAACUUCUUCGACAGGUUUUCGUAAAUUUUUGUACCAACCCGCGACCAGGCGACCGGUUAGUGAACCAUUUUCCUCCGAAAACUUUGACGCCGUCGUCGUCGUCCUCGAUCGAUUUUCCUUUCGUGAGGCGGAGAAAGAAGCGUGGAGGAAAAUCUACAUUCAAAACGCAGAAGACCACAUACAUCUUCAUCCAGCCUCGGUGUACUUUUCUGACGAUGCAUCUGUGCGUGGUCGGUGCGGGGGUGGUCGGGCUGACCACGGGACUGGAGCUGCAGCGCCAGUUUCGCAACGCAUCCGUCACCAUCCUGGCGGACCGGUUCGAGCAGGACACGUGCAGCGACGUGGCAGCGGGACUGUUUCGGCCGGGCACCAGCUUCGCCGGUCCGACGGAGGAAAUCACCAGAAAAUGGAUUUCCGAUGCGUACCGCUACUGGGACGAAAUCCGGAAGACGGCGGAUGCGGCCGAAGCCGGAGUGGCCCAACUGUCCGGCUACAUCUUUUCCAGCAUCGAUCCGGGCAUCGUGAGGAACCACUACAUCGAGCAGAUUGUGCCCGUUUAUCGGGCCGCCACCGAGCAGGAACUGACGCUCUGUCCGGGGGAGUGGAAGUACGGAUCGUUUUUCACCACGGUGCUGGCCGAAUGUCGACUGUUUCAGCCGUGGGCCACCAAGAGAUUUUUAGCCAACGGUGGUCGCAUCCUAACGCAAAAAGUCGAAAGCUUCCAAGACCUUGCCUCAAGCACCAAGUACGACGUGGUGGUCAACUGCACCGGCAUGGGCGCCAAAAAGCUCUGCUCCGACUACAAGCUGGUCCCCAUUCGGGGCCAGGUCAUCAAGGUCAAAGCCCCCUGGGUGAAAACCGCAUUCUACGCCGAUUACGACACCUACAUCAUCCCGGGCUUCCAAGGGGUGACGCUCGGCGGUUGUCGGAACUUUGACAGCUUCAACACGUUGCCCUGCAAGUACGACUCCGGUGCGAUCCGGGAACGGUGCGAGAAGCUGCUGCCCAGCUUGAAGGGUGCACCGGUGAUUCGGGAAGCGGUCGGGUUGAGACCACAUCGGGAUCCGGUGCGCGUUGAGGUGGAACUGAUGGGCAGUGAGAGUGGGGGUAGAAACUUGAAGGUGGUGCACAACUAUGGUCAUGGAGGGUAUGGGGUGACGACGGCACCCGGAACGGCCAUUUAUGCGGCACAGCUGGUGGGGGAUGUGCUGAAGAGUAACAGCAAGUUGUAAAUUUGAUUGGUUUUGGUUGAAAUAAAAUGCAUUCCAGGUUGUUC